AAAAAGAAAAAAAAAAAAAAAAUGAUGUAAAGUACUAAUUCUAAUGUUUCUGUGAAUUAUAGAUCAUCCACAGCAGCCCAGCGUCAGUAUUUAUGGAGGUGAAAAGAUGAGUGAGACCAUCACAGUAGCAUGUUCGAUUUUCCACACAUGUCCAUACAGCAAACCAAACAUCAUUCUGAAGGGUAUAGAAGGAACUGGCAAAAUGGACAAUGAGUAUAUUAAAGAUGGCUUGUGGAAAAUCACUCUGACACGCACAGGUGUUGUAAAGGCAGAACAUUUGACUAUUGAGUGUUCUGUAACACAUCAUGGUGGCAAAACAGUGACAGCUACGAAAAACAAAAGUGCCAAAUGUGUUCAUCAUAAAAUAACUAUUGAGCCUGAACUGGCAGAUGUCACUGAGGGCGUCGCAAAGAUCUUCAGUUGUUCUGUUUAUCACUCCUGCCAGAAAGAGACUCCAACCAUCACAUGGAACUAUAAGAACAUGCAGGUCUCAACGGGGAGAAAAACACUUUCUGGUUUAGAUCAGAUCACCUAUUCCAGACAUAACCUUUCUUGGUUCAAAACAAGACCAUGGGAAGAAACUGACUUGCACUGCAAUAUUUUCUGGAGGAAACACUGAAACCUCUGUUGUUUUACGUGUACAACAGAACCAGAAACCAGUCCAGAUCCUGAAUGAAACUAAUUUCCAAUAUGAGGCGGACGUAAUGCCCAUGAUCACAGCGUUGACCCGUUCCUGUGUGGUAAUACCGUGCAGUUUCAAGAUGGAAGAGGAAUAUGUCACCCGCCUCCAGAUUAUUUGGAUCUCCAAAACAGAUGGCUACAUGUUCCACACUAAAACGGACAACAUAUUUGGCAAAUUCAAAGGCCGCACAAGGCUUCUGGGAAACCCUGAUGAGCAGAACUGUACUGUGGAGAUGGAUGAUGUGCAAACUCAUGACAACGGGCCAUUCUGCUUCAGAGCAGAAAAGGAAAACAAGAAAUACAGCUUCAACAACAACUGUGUGUUCAUUAUAAUGCAGGCAUCUCCUAACAAACCUGUGAUGUCGUCCCUCCCUGAAGACAUUGAGCCUGGGGCACACCUCACCGUCAAAUGUUCAGUCAACCACACAUGUUCCUCUCACCCUCCCAAUAUCACCUGGAGCAUCCCAACAGCCCAAGAAACUAUCAGUCACAAUCACAUGGGUGGAGGCGUCUGGGAAACAGUGUCCACUGUGACCUUCAUUCCAAAUGGAUAUGAAGAGAAAGAUGAAAUUGUUUGCACUGCCAACUUUUGGGGUGGUAAAACUCAGAACAAUACUGCCUUCCUGAGUGUUAAGAGAGAUCAAGGUGUUGGAUUCGAGCUUUAUGUCACUGCUUCUUCACUUGUGUUCAUCCUCAUUUGCAUACUUGGAGUCUUCAUGUAUAAAAGGCGUCACAGACAUCCUCGUCAUGAUAUGCAUGUGUCAGAAAGACAGUCUGAACAAAGGCCAAACACAUCUACAGUGUCACAAAACAAGCCUUUCUCCAAGCCUCGUAUUCCAUCACCAAAGAGUGAGCCAAAAUCCUACUCAGGUUAUGAUUAUGAGGGCAACUUGCUAACAGACACCCCCCUUAAAAUAUGA